AUGAACAGAUCAAACGGUGUGGUAGAUGCAAACCAAGACGAUAGGCCCGCAGUAUAUGUGAAUCAUGGUUUGAUUGGGUCCAGCGAUAGUUUGAAUCUCGGUCAUUCAAACAGUUCUCAAAUUCUAGAUAAUUCGUAUGAAAGUCACCAAGAAAUACAAGUGGUAGAAGAAUCUGACUACGAAUUGCAACAGAAGGAUAAUUUCCUACAUUCCACGUUAUAUCAGUUGAGACGACGUUGUAGAUCAGCUUGUACAAAGAAAACCAUAUAUAAAAGAAUACCAAUCUUGAAUUGGUUACCAAGAUAUAAUAGUCAGGAUGCGGUUGGUGAUCUUGUUGCUGGUGUUACAGUGGGUCUCACUGUUAUACCACAAUCGUUAGCAUACGCUAACGUAGCAGGUCUACCAGCUCAAUAUGGACUGUAUGGUAGCUUUUUAGGCUGCUUUAUUUAUGUUAUAUUCGGAUCUUGUAAAGAUACACCGGUGGGACCUAGUGCCAUCAUAUCUUUGCUAACGUACCAAACAGUUUCACAUGUGGAUGCACCACUGGAACACGCGAUAUUCCUCUGCUUUUUGGCCGGAGUGAUAGAACUGAUAAUGGGUAUAUUUGGUCUCGGAUUUUUAAUUGAUUUCGUAUCUGGGCCAGUCAGCUCUGGAUUCACGUCCGCAGUAGCUUUGAUAAUUAUUACUUCGCAAAUAAAAGAUAUACUUGGCAUUUCUAUAAAAGGUUCGCAAUUUGUUGAAAUAUGGAAAAACCUUGCCAGCCAUAUACAUGAAACUUCAGCUUGGGACGCUGCUCUUGGAGUAACUUGUAUCGCGCUUCUUUUACUUCUCAGGCUUCUAGCAUCAUAUAACAUUGGUCCUAAAGAAGAAGAAUUACAAAAUACAAAAUAUCGCGUGUUAAAUAAAUUUAUAUGGUUAUUUGGUACAUCACGAAAUGCAUUUUUAGUAAUAUUGUCCGGUGUUUUGGGAUAUAGUUUUAGAGAAGACCCACCCUUCAAAUUGGUUGGAUACAUACCAGAAGGUAUGCCAAAUGUACAAUUACCACCAUUUAGUUACAUUAAAGAUGACAAUACAACAGUAACAUUUAUUGAUAUGAUUUCAAAUUUGGGAAGCGGUAUUCUUGUUUUACCACUUAUCUCGUUGAUGGAAGACAUUGCUAUUUGUAAAGCAUUCUGUAACAACUGGAAAGUCAGUUGAUGCAACGCAAGAACUAAUAGCAAUUGGAAUAUCAAACAUUGGUAAUUCUUUUGUUCAGGCAUUUCCUGGUACAGGAUCUCUCAGCAGAAGCGCAGUAAACAAUGCUUCUGGAGUAAGAACACCAAUGGGCGGCAUUUACACUGAUUUUACACAAUUGCCAUUUGUUUUAGGUUCUUUAGUAAUAUUAGCCCUUUUAUUUCUCACUCCCUACUUCAGUUACAUCCCAAGGAGUACAUUAGCAGCAAUUAUUAUAGCUGCAGUAAUAUUUAUGGUUGAAGUUAAAGUUGUAAAACCAAUGUGGAGAACUAAAAAAUCAGAUUUAAUUCCCGGAUUGGGUACAUUCAUUGCGUGUUUGUUAUUACAAUUAGAAAUUGGAAUUCUAUGCGGUAUUGGAUUAAAUAUUUUAUUCAUUUUGUACCAUGCAGCACGACCAAAAAUAUCCGUGGAGAAACUUACCAGUCGACAUGGUAUUCGAUAUCUCAUGUUAACUCCAGAUCGGUGUUUAAUUUUUCCAUCUGUUGAUUACGUUCGAAACUUAGUAACAAAAUAUAGUCAAAGAACUGGAAAUGUUGCAACUCCAGUUGUAAUCGAUUGUUCUCAUAUUUAUGGAGCAGAUUUCACUGCAGCCACAGUAAUUGAAACUUUAAUAAAAGAUUUCGCGUCAAGAGGUCAACCACUUUUUUUCUACAAUCUAAAACCUUCAGUUUAUGCUGUAUUUGAAGCUGUUGCAUCAACUGCUUUUGUUGUUUAUUAUACUCAAGAGGCAUUGGACGAUCUCCUAAAAGAUAGAGGAUACAUUAAGCAAAUUAAAUAAUGCGCAUUAUUUAUAUAUAAUAAAAUAAUGCACUUUGGAUUAUCAUAUUAUUUUACAAUAAUCGUAUAAAUGAUAAUCUCUUUCAUUUUAUGAAAAAUUGUUAUACAAUAUUUUCCAUAAUUGUAUCAUUAUUGUUAUAGAUUUUACACGAAAAUAUAGUACAAGACAAAUACUUCUCAAAUUUAUUUUUUCAUAAAUGUUCAACAAUAUACAUCAAACACAUCAUCGCAUUUUAUAUUUAAAAAUGCAUUGUGGUUAAUGUAAUUAUUUAUAUUAAAUGUAUUGUAAUAUAUUAAAUAUUUUUAAUAAAUCAUUUUUAUGAUGUAUUAUAUUAAAAAGAAAUAUUUCAAUUGCUCACCAAUUAAUGUUAUUUAUGUGAAGUAAUAUCUCCCUCAGGGACUUAAUAUUACAAAUUGAAGCUUUCAACGAAUUUUCACACUUAUACGACAGACUAUGUCUAAUUGUAAGAUAUAUUUUGUCUAUGACAGUAUUAAGGAAUAAGCACCAGGAAAAAAAAUUUGAAAAAUAACAAACAU